AUGCAUUCAGCGUCAACACGUGACCUUGAGGCCUCGACGGGGAUACCGAAGAGCAACCUUGCCCGAUGGGUGCAGCAGGCCCACCAGCUUCUCAAUGUCAAUGGACCAUUGAAGCGCUACAACCUGGACGGCGCUGACCGUCCCGUAGAAAUCCCUGACAGCGCGGCGCUGGAAAGCUUCAUGCACAAGUUGUGGGAUGACGAGAGAGCGCUGACGUGCACCCACCUUGUCAAUUUCCUAAAGCGCAACAACAGAACGUGGCUCGCCACCUACUUGGCGGAGAAGAACUGUGGGUACCAAUCGUUGCUGAAACUGCUCCAGCGGUUCUGCCAUCGCCAUGGCUUCACGACAGAAGCCAGCGAGGUCGAAGAAGUCUCAAGUGGAGCUGGCAACAACGAGGGCUACGUUUGCAGCCGACUUCCAGAAGGCAUUCAACGGCUUCGCUUCCGACUCGAUCAUCAAUGUCGAUGA